AUGGCUAAAUCCAGCGACGACGAUAGCGACGAUGUCGGCACCCUCGACGCAAAUGCUCGCUCGCACUCUCUCGAAGUUCUCUUCGACCCAGCAAUCCAAGUCACUAAGAGACGAAAGUCCAGUAUGGUUGCUUCACACCAUAUUACCACCAGUUCGUGCUUCGUGCACGAAAUGCUAGAGGCGCAGAAGCUGGGUAAUAUUGCUCAUGCGCAGAAAUUGGUUGACCCUGUGGCGGCUCAUUGCGUGGAUGGAUUUGUGGGUGAGCGAGCCAUAGAAGAAGGAGCGUCGAGAAUUCUCACGAAAAAGCAAUUGUCGGACAUGGCGUUUGGUGUUAGGGAGUUAAGGAGUUUGAAAAUGAAGCUUCCAAAGAAGAAUUUGAGGGUUGUGGUGGUGGCAAAGACACAGGAUAAACAGAACAUUGUGCAUCACAAGGAGUUAUUAGAAUGGCUCUUGACUGAAUUCAAUGAUUUUAUAAUAUAUAUCGAAGAUAUACUCGAAGAUAACCCAAUUAUCGAUAUCAAGGGUCUAGUUGCGAAAUCGGCGACAUUUGGCGACCGAAUACACUACUGGACGCCAGAUUACUGCACCAAACACCCACAUCUUUUCGACCUUGUUAUUUCUCUUGGAGGAGACGGCACAGUUUUGUACACUAGCUGGCUAUUCCAGAAAAUCGUGCCACCAGUCAUCUCGUUCUCUCUUGGGUCACUCGGGUUUCUAACGAAGUUUGAUUUUGGGAAAUUCAAGACAAUACUACGAGACGCCUACCACGUUGGCAUAACCAUAAGCCUAAGAAUGAGAUUUGAAUGCACAGUCAUGCGCGCAAACCACAAAGACUCCAGCCGCGACAUAUGCCACGAAAUCUGCGAGCGCGAAGAUGAAGAACCAACCCACAAGCCGGAAAGGUCUUUUUCUGUUCUAAACGAACUAGUAGUUGAUCGCGGCCCUAACGCUACUCUUUCAUCAACUGAAUUAUUUGGUGAUGAUGAGCAUUUAACAUCCGUACAGGCGGAUGGUAUAUGCAUUGCGACGCCCACUGGAUCUACGGCUUAUUCAUUAGCUGCCGGUGGAAGUUUAAGCCAUCCGGAUAAUCCAGUGAUGUUGGUCAGUCCGAUUUGUGCGCAUUCAUUGAGUUUCAGACCGAUUAUCUUGCCGGAUUCGAUGGUUAUCAGAGUGGCCGUACCUUAUGAUGCUAGGACAACAGCAUGGGCUAGCUUCGAUGGGAAGGAACGGGUUGAAUUACAUCAGGGCGAUUAUGUUACGAUUGCAGCCUCAAGGUUUCCAUUUGCAUUUAUUCAGUCGAAGCCGCAUCAGGGAGACUGGUUCGAUAGUUUGAGUAGGACUCUUCAAUGGAACUCGCGAACUGCCAGACAAAAGGCAUUUGAUACCGACAAUCCUCAACCAAAGAAUUAA